AUGCAGCUCACGCAAGCCGCCUACCUCGUCCUCUCCCUCUCGGCCACGGCCCUGGCAGCACCCGGCGCGGUGACGACGUACAUCGUGCCGCGCUCGCUGUACGACGAGCUGCGGUCCGUCGGCUACCUGGACCGCCGACGCUCGGCGGUAAACGUCGUGCCGGAGGAGCGGUCGUUCGCGGACGAACAGCCGCACCUGGCCAGGCGCUGGGGCAUCAGCAUCGGCGCCAGCAGCGACAAGACCAAGGGGGUGGGCAUCACGCCCUGGCUGUGCGCCAAGCUCGGCGACGGCGCCACCGUGACGUGCGGCAUGAUGAAGCCCUACUGCCAGGUCGUCGACGCCGACUCGCCCGGCAACCGCCGCCUCAUCCCCGCCGACCCCGACGUGACCGACUGCGGCAUCAAGAACGGCGUCUGCGCAAAGUGGGAUCUGUUCUGCAAGGACGCCCCCGACUACAAGCCCAGCGAGGACGUGCCCAAUGCCCCUGGCGCGCAGAAGAUUGCCAUGGAGUGA